UCAUGUAAACACAGGUACAGGGUAUGUUGUUUUCCUCUCCAUGAGCUGCCAUUUUAGCGGUGCUAGAUCUUGCUAUGUCUGGAAUACAACAUCCAACAAAUAACCACGCUCUUGCGUUAUUAGCACUAAAGUCUGCUCCUACUAGCCCAUCAAGAGCAGUAUGGAGCUCAGAAACACAUGGGGAAGCUAUUGCUCGGUUAGAAGGAAGGGACUUCGAGUUCACGAUGAGGAAGCCACGCAUCACCAUCGGCCGAAAUAGUAGCAAAGGAGAUGUCGAUGUCAACAUGGGUCAUUCAAGUUUUAUUUCUCGAGUGCAUCUUGAAAUUUUUUCCGAGCAUCCCAAUUUUUUCAUGAAGUGUAAUGGGAAGAAUGGUGUGUUCAUUGACGGAAUUUUUCAAAGAAAAGGCGCGCCGCCGCUGCAGUUGCCUUGCUCGUGCACUUUGCGUUUUCCAAGUACAAACAUCAAGAUAAAGUUUCAGUCAUUAAUAGACGAGGCUGUACCUCCUCCGCCUCCUGUAGCUGUUACAACACCAAAAAAGAAGCCACCUCUCCCCUUGAAAAUCAACAUCCCAGAACCUCAGGAAGUAGUUGCCUGCAGUCCUUGUCCUUCUCCUACAGGCACAAUUAGUGCUGCUAACUCCUGUCCUACUAGUCCACGCAGUGGUUCCAGCCACAAUCCUAGAUUUGCACUAAUACCUGACCUUCAAGCUGUAGCAGCGUAUGCUGCUGCACACCCCAGGGAGGAGCGAGACAGCAAUUCAAGUUCAGCGUCUAGCACCCCAAAUGUGGGGGAAUCAUCACGAGAUGAGUCCAAACCUCCAUAUUCCUAUGCACAACUUAUUGUGCAGGCUGUUACAUCAGCCACAGACAAACAACUCACUCUUAGUGGGAUUUAUGCCUAUAUCACAAAAAAUUAUCCUUAUUACAGAACUGCUGACAAAGGAUGGCAGAACUCUAUUCGGCACAAUUUAUCAUUGAAUCGAUAUUUUAUCAAAGUACCCCGGUCACAGGAAGAGCCUGGAAAGGGCUCAUUUUGGAGAAUUGAUCCUGUCUCAGAAGCAAAAUUAACAGCACAGGCCUUCCGACGUAGGCGUCAGCGCGGUGUGCCUUGUUUCAGAACUCCAUUUGGAGGGCUAUCAUCCAGGUCCGCACCAGCUAGUCCCAGUCAUAUGGCAGGUUCCUUCACACCAGACUGCCUGUCCAGAGAAUCCAGUCCUAUACCUGAAGCUGGAAUGGAAACAGAAGUUUCACAUUCAUCUUCCCAGCCUGGAAAUCUCCAAGGGCAGCAACAGCACACACACCCUGCAAUAGCAGAGUUGAGAUUUUCUCAGUCGGCACCAGGAUCACCGUCAGGUUCUCGCGUCAUGUCACCUGUAACAGUUACUUCUAGCACUGGACAAGCUGCAGUUCACCAGCUCCCUUCAGUGAUAGCCAAACCUAAGAUCAUUAUGACCACACCAGGCCAAGUGGUGUUAAAUGGUCCUACUGCCACACCCCUGACCAAUGGAACUCAUUUAGAAAUCAAAAGAGAAAAUGGAGAAGCUGUGAGUUUGGGCUUGACUGGAGCUUCCCAAAAGAUAGCCUCCUUGAUGGCCACAGCAAACCAAGCACAGUUUCAGACUAGAACACUGAACCCGGUGGCGCUGGUGAGGAAUUUGCAUGGUACUCAACAAGUUAUGGUGACCACAUCUCCUUGUGGUGAAACAGGGCAGGUCACUCUGAUUCCUCAGUCAGUUCAGUUGCUUCAUCCACAAUCUUCCAGUGGUCAGGCGGGUGUCAACCAGUCAGUUCCUCAGAAUAAUCAAGUACAGAUUGUACCGCAGCAAGUGUUUUCUCAGCAAGUCAUUUUACAGAAACCCAUAGGCUCAGAUCAGCAACAGAACCAGUCGAGUGGUAAUUGUUGGAGCACCCAAGAUGUUAAAUCAGUUCAUGUUUUGAUGCCUCAUCAAUUAGGGGUUCAAGUAAAAAGAGCCCAAGAAGAAUCAUCUGGCCAAGACUUAGAUCUUUCGGGUGGUAAGAGAUUAAAAAUUGAUGAGGAAGCAGACAAGGGGGUGAAGCAGGAAAUGGAAUAAAAGAUUGAGAUCUAGUUUUUAUAAACUGUGUGGUUUUUUCCUCCGUAAAUUGGUGUAUCUUGCCUCAAACAAGUGAAAGCUGGAAAGAUAUGUUAGUCAUAGAAUUGUCUGUCAUCUGAUCCUAUGUCAUGAACUAAUUGAGAUUCUUUUUAUCUUUGCUUUUUCUGUCACGGGCUUGUUCAAUUUGACUCUAUUCAAUUUUUUAGUAUGUUACAUGUUGUAUCUUAGAUAAAUGUACUGACAAUUUACGAUGCUGCCAUUAUUUUGUAAAAAUAAACCAUCAGGAAAGUGUUGUGUAGCCAAGUAAGUAAUGCAGAGAAUGAAUUAUUCACAUAGGGAUAUUCAAGCUCCACAAAAUACCUGUUUAUCUGCUUUGAUAGUUUAUUAUGAUUGAGGCAGCAGACUGUUUUAUUUUUUAAAAUCAUCAAGAAUUCAUUUUGCUGAAGUAUAACUGUGCAUUUGGGCAGCUCUUCCACUAUAAUUUAUGCCAGUAGUUCUACCUUGAGAGUUCAUUUAUCACUAUUGAUUCACACAGUAAUCUCUAUCCAUCCUGAAAUGAUUUUUUUUCUUUUAGAAAAUGUAGUUUUUACAGAGUGUUUUAUGCAUUUUUUUUUGUUUUGUGCUUUAAUUUUAUCUGUAAUUACUAAAUUGCCACUUUUAAAGGUAAUAAGUUAAAAUAUAAGAUUAAAUCUCUUUACAAAAAUAAAAUGACAAGAAAUUUCAAUGAAAUGGUUUAUUUUUACUAUGCUGGAGCUUUGGUUUUAUUAUUUCCUGCCCUAUAGACCUUCAUGUCUAAAGAGUACUUUUUUCGCAGGAGUUUUUCUCUUGAGAAUAAAGCCUUACUGUUGGUUUUUUUUAUAUUAUUUGCUGUUUGGUGAAUCAAAGAUUUCAAAAUAUUUUCCAUGUUGGCCAAUACAACAGAAAUACAGCUUAUUUAUUAAGUCCCUUUUUAUAAUAUUUUUUACCUGUGAAUAUUUCAUUAACUACUUGGUGGUGCCUACAGCAACAGAGAAAUAGUGGUUUGACGUGUGUUCAAUAGACUGCUCAGUAAACAUUUUUUUUUUGUAGUUAUCACUUUGGUCGGCGGUAGAGGAAAGUCAUUGAACAUAUCAUUUUAUUUAAAUUAGGUUUUCCUAGCUUCAUUUUUUUUAUAUUUGACACUGAUCAAAAUUAUGUUAACUUUUCAGUCUACUGAUUUUGUAAUCAUUUAAUGUAACUAGUAGCUUGUUUGCAUACAUUUUUUGGUAGUUAGUCAAAUGUACAAAAAUAAGCAAUCAUUGUCCACUACUAUUGAAACGGGUAGCAGUUUUAAAUUUUUUUUUUAAUGCAUUAGGCCCAUUCAGCACAAGUAUGUUACAAAUCCUGUUACUCUAGUAACAACAUUUAAUUGCUUUUGCUUUCAAUCUAGCACAUUUCAGAUGAUACAAAUCAAGCUUUCAUGUCUGCUUAUUACAGAUUCACCCCCACCCCCUAAAGGGAUAGCUAUUUCUUUUAAGUCACUUCUUGAUUGUAAAAAUGUUUUCAUAAAAGAAUCAGCUUUUUUUGUCUAAUUUUAAACUACAUUACAACUGAAUCUUCUCACUGACCAUGUCAGUAUUGGUGAUCUGCAGUACCAUUUUUUUUCUUCCAGUUAUUGACUUAAAGAAAAACUUCUCCCAGUCUAGAUUGGUAAAUAAUGCAUUCAUUCUAAUAGGACACUAUUUUUUUUUGUUAAUUUGAUGGGGUUUUUUUUUUGAGUGGAAAGGGUUGUGGUUAUAGUAGCAAGACUCAGUUGUCUAAAGAGUGGCCUGGUUUGUUUUCACAUGGACACAUAUUUUUACAAAACAAAAAAAACCGUUAUGGUCAGUCGUUUCAUUCUGUUUUAAAAUAUAUUGGUAAUAACUAAACCUGAGUAUUAACUUUUUAAAAUAGCUUGAAAGAUGUUUGUGUGUGCACAUUAUUGCAACUGUUUUUAACAAUCCAGACAGCAGAUUGUUGUUUACGUUUGAAAACUAGUUUGUUAAGAGUGUCUGCAUUGUUUCCUGUGACCUUUAUUGUCACACAAACUGUACAUGUAUAGCAUAAUUUAUGCCUAUGGUUUAGUGUGAUAUUUUUAUUUUUAACUGAUAAAAGGUUAGUAAAAAUGUUUAUCAAAUUUUGUUACCUCAUUUUCCCUUUUGUUAUGUACUGGGUAAGACUGUAUUUCAUUAAACUUUUUUCGCAUUAUCAUCAAGUCAAAAAAAAAUUCAGACGAGAUAUUUUAUUUGUAAUUUUUGUACAAAUUUGGUGAGAAUUCUCACUAGUAUAUUUUAAAACGUUUUUUUGUCUUAUUAAAAAAUGCUAAUGGAGAUUGUUCCCUGCUGUUGAAAAUGUGACAGACUUGUACAGUAUUGUAAUCAGCUACUAAUAUUCUGGAUUGUAUAUUUGAUCUUGUAUUUCUAUUCAGUUGUUGUUACUAUUGUUGUGUGAUUUUAGUAAAAUUAAAUUUUUUAGUCAAUUGAUUUGGAAACUUGUCAUUUAGUAAUGAAACAAGAUUUGUUUUUACUUGUGUAGAAAUAAUUUUGUUCAUGGAGUUCAACAUUCAUUUGCAUCGCUACAAUUUUAAAGUUUCUUGCAUUUAUGUGUGGCAGUUCAUCAUUUAUACACAGAAGGGAGUUUCCCCUUUUCAUUUAGCAAAGUAAACAAUCUUUUUGAAUUUGUGUACAAGAAAGAUAAGUCACUGAAUUCUUGCAUGCAUUAAGCACAAUAUAAAUUCUUAACUGUGGGGGAUGAAAAGUCCUUCUUUAUUGUUACUUACAUUCAGUUUUUUCUUUUAAUUAGUAGCAAUUAGAUAAUCUAUUUCUGUAUUAGAAAUUGGUGUAAAUAAUGCUUAUCGUAUUUCAUAUGCUGAACAAGCCAUUCAUAUAUUUUGAUUAGUUUUAAUAAUCCCCUUUCUGGUGGGCUAACAGUUAUUUAAAAAUUGGUCCGUUGUUUUAUUUAAUUUAUGGAACAUUUUUUUUUAUGGAAUGAAACCACCAAAUAAAAAAAAAAAUAAACAAUGUAAUGUUUUUAAAUUUGACACAGGGAAGCAAGAAGAAACAAGAUCAUUUUUUUAAAAUCUCCAAAUUUGUGUGUGUACUAUAUAAGUUUAAAAAUAAUUGUAGAUAGCACAUAAUGAGUAUGUGACAUAAUUGUGUGAUAAUCCAUUUCAUUUGCUUCCUCACAAUUAGUUCUUGUAUAUUUAACUAUACUUGUAUGACGAAGAAAAAAAAUCACCAAUACAAAUGCAGUAGCCCAAACUUAUCAAUACCACUCCUGGAAGGAAUCAGAUAUGGUUCUGUCACACAUAGUGUUCAUGUCUGUGCUUUAUUAUUAACUGAGCUGUUUUCACGCGGAGGCGCAGUGAUGUUUUUGUACAUAAUACACUUGUAUGUUUAAUUUUA